AUGUUAUGUCAGAAUGUCCAUCGGUUUUGUCAGAAGUUGGUACGCCGGCGGCCCCUCGGAGCAAGUGAACAGUCUGAGUCUCCCUUGUCUCGAUGUCUGACCACUUUAGACCUGGUGUUCUUGGGUGUGGGCAGUACCCUGGGAGCAGGUGUGUACGUCCUGGCUGGGGAGGUGGCCAGAGAGAAAGCCGGACCAGCCAUCAUCAUCUGCUUCUUAGUUGCUGCUCUGGCUUCAGUGCUGUCUGGACUCUGUUAUGCGGAGUUUGGAGCCAGGGUACCGUGUUCGGGUUCCGCGUACCUCUACAGCUAUGUCACAGUGGGCCAGCUGGUGGCCUUUAUCACUGGCUGGAACCUCAUACUUUCCUAUGUCAUUGGCGCAGCCAGCGUGGCCCGGGCUUGGAGCGCAGCUUUUGAUGGCCUCAUUGGGAGCCACAUCUCCCACGCCCUGCAGACGACCUUCCCUAUGCACCUCCCCACCGUUUUGGCCAAGUAUCCAGACUUCUUUGCGCUUGGUCUGGUGAUGGUCCUCACUGGAGUCCUGGCCCUGGGAGUUCGAGAGUCAGCCAUGCUCAGCAAAGUUUUCACAGGAGUGAAUCUUUUGGUGCUGUGCUUUGUCACCAUCUCUGGCUUCAUUAAUGGCAAGCUACACAACUGGCAGCUCACAGAGGAAGACUACAACCUGGCCAUGUCAGAGGUUAACAGCACUGACAGUUUGGGACCUCUGGGCUCUGGAGGAUUUGUGCCUUUCGGCUUGAAUGGAAUUCUCCGCGGUGCAGCAACAUGCUUCUUCGCCUUCAUUGGGUUCGACUGUAUUGCAACUACAGGGGAAGAGGCCCGCAAUCCCCAGCGCUCCAUCCCAUUGGGCAUCGUGAUCUCACUCUUUAUUUGCUUUCUGGUGUAUUUUGGUGUUUCCUCGGGACUCACCCUCAUGGUGCCCUACUACCAGAUUCACACUGAGAGCCCCUUGCCCAAGGCAUUUACCCAUGUUGGAUGGGGCCCUGCCCGAUAUGCAGUGGCCGUGGGAACCUUAUGUGCCCUUACAUCUAGCCUCCUUGGUGCCAUUUUCCCUGUGCCUCGGGUGGUCUAUGCCAUGGCAGAGGAUGGACUCCUGUUCCGGAUACUUGCCAGUGUUCAUCCUCGAACACACACCCCUGUCUUAGCCACCGUCAUUUGUGGAAUCAUCGCAGCAUUCAUGACUUUCCUCGUUGAGCUCAGCGAUCUGGUGGACCUCUCAUCCAUAGGGACCCUGCUCGCCUACUCCUUGGUGGCCUUCUCUGUUCUGGUCCUCAGGUACCAACCAGACCAGAACGCAAGCUCUUGUAAGAAGGAGAAAUCUGAGAGUGGAACUGUUGAGAUGGAGCCUGUUUCUCCAGAAGGAACUCCAGGGAUUGUGAGGAGCCUCUGUGUCCCCACAGACACCAACCCAACUCUGAGAUCUGGCCACAUUGUCUAUGGAUGUGCCUCCCUGCUUGUCCUCCUCUUGAUGCUCCUGUGCCUGAUCCUGGCCCAGUGGUCUGGGCAGCUAAUUUCUGGAGACCCGGUUUUGAUAGCUGUGACUACUUUACUGUUGCUUCUCAUUGUUGGGGUGUUGAUUGUCAUCUGGAUACAGCCUCAGAAUGCCACUCCUCUCCACUUCAAGGUUCCAGCACUUCCUGUUCUUCCUAUGCUGAGUAUCUUUGUGAAUGUCUACCUGAUGAUGCAAAUGACUGCUGGGACCUGGAUUCGCUUUGGAAUCUGGAUGGUGAUUGGAUUUACUAUCUACUUUGGAUAUGGAAUCCGACACAGCUUCAAAGAGAAGAAUGACCAACAGUCAGCAGCCUCAAGCUCCCAGACUAUCCAUGAAUAUACUCCCAGUGUUGAAUUAGCUUAACUGCAGAAAACUGAUGCUUCCAGGAUGCCAUGUGUGUCUGUUUUUCUUUCAUUCUUUCUUUCCCUUUCUUUUUUUUUUUUUUCUGUGUGUGUGUGCUGGUGUUGGGAAUGGCAAGGAGGCAGUACUGGGGAUUGAACUUGUGCAUCUGAGGCAAAUGCUCCAUCACUGAACAAUUCCAUGUCGUGUAGGUGACUUUGGGCGGCUCAAAGAAAAGUUUGAACACUUGUGAGCUGUGCAUGGGACUUAUAAAGUAUUGUUUAUAAAUCAUUCUUAUCUUUGAGCAAAUUCCUUAACUUUUUUUUAGUUUUGUGCUGAACUAGGACCUCUGGUUUUGCAUAUGCUAGGCAGGUGCUCUAUCAUGGAGCCACAUCCCUAGUGCCUGUAGUUAUUUAACGGACAGUAACAAUUGUGUAUCUGUGAACAACGUGUUACUUAUGUAUCAUAGAACGGCUACGUCAAACUGAUUAUUACACCUAUUUCUUUGGACAGGGUCUGUCUUGUAUGGCCCAGGUCAGACUUGAACUUGAAAUCUUCUGAACGUUACUUAUUAUUUAUGAUGCGUGUGUCUGUGGGCACACAUGUACCACAGUGUGUGUGGAGGUCAAAGCAGUUAGUCUUAGCAUUUUUCAGAUAUACAGUAUAUUGUUCAUUUGUGGAGGAUGUAUAUUAUGUUAAAUGAAAUAAACUAGGUAUAAA